AGUUAGAGUAUCAACAUGGCGUCCGACAGUGACAGCGACGAGGAUUUUGUGACUUAUGGGACUCCGUUGGAGCCCCUUGAAGAAGACGAGCCGCUGAAGAAACCCGUCCCGCUGCACGAGCAGACGGUGAAGGAUGAGAAGGGACGGUAUCAGAGGUUCCACGGCGCGUUCACUGGAGGGUUCUCAGCCGGUUAUUUUAACACAGUCGGCACUAAAGAAGGCUGGGCCCCAUCGACUUUUGUUUCCUCACGACAACAGAAAGCUGAGAAACAACAUGUCCGACCAGAAGAUUUCAUGGAUGACGAGGACUUCAGUGAGCACGGCAUCGCUCCCCGAGAGAUCACCACAAGUCAGGAGUUCUCAUCCGGUCGCAAAGACGCCGUCAGAGAGAAGGCGCGAGCGGUCAACGCUCAGGCGGCGCUGAUCCCCGGAGACACUCUGCUGGAGGAGCUAAUCUCACCUGCCAGGUUGUCCAUCGGGGUGGAGCUGCUGAGGAAGAUGGGCUGGAAGGAGGGUCAGGGUGUCGGGCCUCGUGUGAAGAGAAAAGCUCGCCGACAACAGACCAAAGGAAGUUCCAGAGUUCACGGCGUUGUGCUGCCCCCUGCAGGAUCGGAGGACUCAGAGCAGGAGGAGGAUGAUGAUGAUGAAGAGUUUGCUCCAGACAACGUCACCUUUGCACCAAAGGACGUGACUCCGGUGGACUUCAACCCUAAGGUGGGGGUUCAGGGUCUGGGGUACCGCGGUCUGGACCCGGGCCUGGCUCUGCUGGGCGGAGGAGCUGCAGAACACAUCGACCUGUUCAGACCGCAGUCUGACACGAGGAGUCGGCUGUUUGGAGGAGCACAGCGGGGCUCGCGGAGAGGAGGAGGUGUGGCCGGGCAGGCGUUUGGAGUAGGGGCUCUGGAGGAUGACGAUGAUGAAGAGGUUUACCACAGAGACUCCAUGUCUCGAUACGACACGGUGCUGGGAGGAGAGGAGCCUGGAGACGGCCUGUACGGCUGGACGGCUCCACAGCAGUACAAGAAGAAAGCAGAGAAAAGUAAAGAUGCAUCGUAUCUCGGCAAAAUCCUGGAGGGUUUCACUCUGGCCCAGAAACCAGUCAGGGACAAAACUAUCUUCCCUCCCCCUGAUCUGCCCCGAGACUAUCGCCCUGUCCAUCGUUUUCGACCGGCAGUCGACGUUAAGAGUCUGUCGGGGGUCAGCCCCGCUCUGGCCGAGGCUCUGAAGACCUCCAGGGGCCACAUGGUCAAAGAGGAGCCGGAACAAGGAGGGCGUCACCAGCUGGACUCUGGCCAGAGGAGGGCGCUGCUGGGAGAAGACACACUGCAAGGUCCCAGUUCAGUCAUGGAGCUGCUGAGGCCUGAAGACAGAGAGCGACUGAAAAACCUCCGCAACUCCUCCAACGUUCCCGCCACCAAAGCAGCCCCGACCCCACUCUCCCAGGACGCCUUGAAGUCGGCAGUGACUUUGGCGGGGUCACUGGCAGCGAGGGCCGCUGGCUCCGCCGACCACGGUCACGACCGAGGUCACGACCACGGGCGGCAGCAGGAGGCUCUGGCAGCGUGGAAGGGAAUCCAGACCACUUCACAGACCUUCAGACCGUUUGAGAAGAACCCCAGUAAACAGGCGCGCUAUGAGAUGUACCUGAACCGCCUGAAACAGGGAGACAAAGACGCCCUGGAGCAGAGUCUGGACUCGGGGGUGACAGAGUGGGAACGAAGCCGGGAGAGGGAUGAGUUUGUGCGGGCCUCCAUCCUGUACAGACCCAGCUCGUCUUCGCUCUCCUCCCGCUUCACCCGGGCCAAAAAAGAGGAGGACGACAACAGCGUGGAGGUCAGCCGGGACGAGGAGGGCGACGUGGACGACAAACAGGCUGCAGUAAACAUGAAGAUGUUUGGAAAACUGACCAGAGAGACGUUCGAGUGGUAUCCUGACAAACUGCUCUGCAAGAGGUUCAACGUCCCCGACCCGUAUCCUGGGUGCGGUAUUGUCGGUCUGCCAAAGGUGAAGAGAGACAAGUUUUCAGUCUUCAACUUUCUCACUGUGACCGAGAGCAGAGAGCCUCCAGCUCCUCCAAAGCCUCCAGAGUCUGGGAAGAGAUCUCGAUGGGACGUCUCGGGCCAAAAAGCAGAAGAGAAGAAGAAGGAGGAGGACCCACUGAGUGAGCUCCUCAGUGCUGCACGAAACCAAACUGAGACCAAACCUGAAAAAACCUUACCCGCCUCCACCAGCACCAACCAUCAAACACCAGACAGCAGAACAAAGGAGGCAAAGUCGGCCGAUCAGGAGAAGGGGAACAAAGAUGAUCAAGAAGAAGAGGAGGUGGAAGAGGAGGAGAACAGGCCUCCCAUGGAUCUGUUCAAGGCUAUCUUUGCCGGCUCCUCUGAUGAGAAAUCAUCAUCUUCAUCAGAGGGAGAGAGUGAGGAUGAGGAGGAGGAGGUAGGAGACACUAAGAAGGAAGAGGUCCAGGGGGAGCCACAGCUGAUUAACCUCUUCAAAGUCCCCUCUUCCUCCUCUUCCUCCUCCGUCACCUCCUCCACAACCACACCCAACACUACGUCUAGCCGGCACACAGCAGUGGUUUCAACUCAGAACUCGACACAAGUAGAAGAGGAGUUUGGUCCGAAGCUGCCGCCUCCUUCAGCUGCUCUUUCCAGAGGAGGCGCCACCUCUAUCCGCUCCCCAGCUGAGGAGGAGAAACUUAGCAAGAGGAGCAAAGACAAGAAACACAAGAACAAGAAGCAGCACAAACACAAAAAGGAGAAAAAGAAGAAGAAACACAAGAAGCACAAACACAAAGGGAAGCAGCAAAAGAAGAGCAAGAAGGAGACGUCGGACAGCAGCUCAGAGGAGGACAGUGACGGUGGAGAACCAGAGCAGGUUUCCACAGAAGAGCUGCUCAAAAGACUGAAAAGCAUGAAGUCACAUGAGACCUGGUGAACGAGCUGGAAGAGUCUCCUCCACGAGGACGACCAACAUAAAGAAGAAACACCUCAGAGUUCACCCUGCAUUCAGCUCAUUUGACACAACAGAUUUUCUGUUGAUUUUUGUUUUAAAUAAUAAAAUGAUUUACUGUUAUUAUUA